AUGAGUUCAUCACCCGCUUCACUCACAACUAACACCAUCGAAUGCCGCCUCGCAAAUAUCCUCAGCAAUGGCCCAGUCACUCUCUCUUCCAUCGCAGACCUCAUGUACCCGCUUAGCAUCGGAAACGAAGAUGCCAUUGCGACUGCAUUCGAGCGUAUAGCCGUUCCCAUGUCUAAUGCAGGAGAAGAAGAACAAGUAUAUACACUACAUGCCGGUUACGCCCAUCUCGCUUCCCUACACUGCAGUGUCGAUGCUGAGAGUACCGAGGAAGGAGGGGAAAAAGAAGGGGAGGAAGGAGAGGAAGAUGCGAUUGCAGUAGAAGAAGCCGUGCAUACAUCACCCACAGCACGUUCCCCUGUAUCUUCUUCAUCUCUAUCUCCACCUCCUGAUACCCUCGCUUCCCCACAUGAUAUAGCGAUGCCGAUUCAGACUCCAGUACCAGCACCAUAUUCAGUUUCACGUAUUCCGUCAACAUCACCGCUAUCGUCUCUACCUUCACACUUAUCCUCACCACUAUCAGUAAAGAAAAACAAUGCAAGGAAAAAGCCACCUCAACCACUCUCGCUCUCACCUCGCCCGUCAACAUCCCCGCUGUCGUCUCCACCGUCAAACCUCUCAGCUCUCGCGCCAACGCCUCUAGAAAUCCACAUUCCACAUGCAGCGACAACAACAACAGCAACAACAGCGUCUUUACUAUCCUCCUCUUCCCUCUCAUCACCACCAUCGUCUCUCCAUUCUCCCACUCCCACUCCCUCUCCAACUCUAGCCCCCUCCCCACCACCACCACCACAACGCCGCGCCAACAAGCCGGGAAAAACCACAGCAUCAGCCUCAGGACCGGGAGGACCAGCAAGAAACGCAAAGACCAAGGCAGCAAGUAAGAAAUCGCAAUCGCACCAAGUCCAAUGCAGUGGCGUCACCAAGAAGAAAACGAGAUGUGGGUUCAAGAAGACUAUGAUAGCGGGCGCGGCCUGGGAUUGUGGACGGCAUGAUUGA